AUGUCCGCCAACCAGCCCCCUCACUCGACCGCAAAGGAUUUAGUUCCCCCGACAAUGACAGCCCGGUACACCAACUCAGAAUGGGCUGCCCGAAUCAAGGAGGUAGAGAAGUCCCUCAGCAUAUCGAAAGAAAGACAUUCGGUGCCCCGUAGACCGGAAGACGUUGCCAAGUUCAUUGAUCACACGCUGUUGAAGCUUGAUGCUACGGGUGCGCAAAUCGAUGGGCUGUGCGCUGAAGCUAGGAACGAAGGGUUUAAGACAGUCUGCGUCCGUCUCAACUUCGUAGCCCGCGCUGUUUCAAACUUGCGCGGCUCAGCCGUCGGCGUGGCAUGCGUGAUCGGCUUUCACGAAGGUACACAGGAUCUGACUGAGAAGAUAAAAGAAGCCCACGCCGCCCUCUCCGCCGGCGCAACCGAACUCGACAUCGUGCUAAACCACCCCCUCCUCUCCCCCUCCUCCCCCUCCUACGAAGAAAUCUUCGUCGAGCUCGCCUCGCUCCGCAACCUCGCCCCGCCACCGGUCUGCCUAAAACUGAUCCUCGAGACCUCGCAGCUCUCGCCCCACCAAAUCACCGCAGCCUGCGUCCUCGCCUCCGCCGCGCGCUUCGACUUCGUCAAGACCAGCACCGGCUUUAAUGGGCGUGGGGCUAGCGAGGAGGACGUGCGGCGCAUGAGCAGCGCGGCGGCGCUGCUGGCUGCCAACGAGCGGGACGGCGCUGGCGAGGCUGGAGGGGUGCUGAGGAUGCAGGUGAAGGCGAGCGGGGGGAUUAGAGGGUGGGACGACUGUCGGCGGAUGUUGGAGUGUGGGGCCACUAGGAUCGGGACGAGCUCGGGCGUGUGGAUUAUGCGGGAGCUGAGGGAGAGGGAAAAGGACGCGGAGAAAGGGGGGAGGGAGGGAGGCGGGAAGAGGCCGGGGGUUACGCGGUUGUAUACUGAUGAGGAGGUGAGCGGGUAUUGA